AAUUUUCCUGUCAGCUGAUGCUGUGGGUGUGUUCAGGUCGCUGAUGUAAACAUAAAGGACCAUUUUGAUCAGAGAAAUCUCGAAGCCAGGCCAUAGUAAGCCCUCAGAGCUUGUAUGAUACCACAUAUGCAACGCUUUAAAUAACAUUUGCGCCAUGGACUUCUAUAUCAAUGUGAAAGUGAAUUUCCGGGGGAAUGCGAAGAGUUUUUUGCUGUCUGGCUCAGAGACGAAGAGUUGGGAGUCAAUGGAGGCCAUGGUGAAGAGGUCUUUCGGCCUGUGUCAUUUACAGUUGACCUAUUUCGAUGAGGAAAAUGAAGAGGUCUCACUUAACAGUCAAUUGGAAUAUGAAGAGGCCCUGAAGGGUGCUGCACGUCAGGGGAACAGACUACAAAUGAAUGUGUAUGAAACGAGGGGCAGCACAGCCAGGGUGCCCGGACCAGGUCCACCACCAGGGUCAGGGGUGGGUUUGGGGCAUGUGAAACCCGGCAGUGUUGGAGAACCCAAGAAAGGAUUUAGGCCUCCUCAGUACUGCCCUACUUUGGCACAAGUGGUGAGUCGCAAAGUUCAGGCUGCAGUCCCAGAGGAAGGAUUGGUGCUUGUUAAUGAAGCUAAAGGUGGAAAGGUGGAAGAUAAGACGCCCCCAGCUUGGUUCACUUCGUAUAUGGAAAAGUUUAAGGACCAGGUGGUUAGAGAGGCGGUAGAGAAGAUUUGUAGGGAGUUUUCCGGACAGUGCUGCAUCCAUAAGCCAGUGGAAGCAGAGGCACAGAUUCCUGAGGUCACCUCAUCCACUCUCCCUGGGGCACCAAGUUCAGCUCCAGCCUGCAGCAGCUGCCGUGGCCAGACUGCAGGAGGUGGAUACCAAUGCAGUGUGUGUACAUCCUGCACUCUGUGUGAGCCUUGUAGCUUCUCACACGAUCCAAGCCACAACCUUGUGAGAGCCAGAACCCCCCUCUCUAUUCCUGAACACGGCUCCCCAGCUCCAGACCACAGCAGGUUCUACAGAAGGGGUGACCGGAGCUUUCGUAAAGCAGAGAAGCAGCGUCUUAAAGCUGAGAAGCGGCAGCUUAAGGCGGAAGUGAAGGAGAUCAGGAAGCAGCUGAGGAUGGAGAGGAGAGGGCUGCAGUGGAACGCAGCUGGUGAGGGAAGCUCCUCACCCGUCCUGUUACAGCCGCGGGCCACACAGGCAAACAGCCCAGAUCGUCCUAAGCGUCCGUGUCCUCUGGCCGUGCCAGCCAUGACAGCUCUACUUCUGGAUGAAAACCUGCCUGAUGGAUCACGUCUACGUCCUGGGACCAAGUUCAUCAAAUACUGGAAAAUGAAAAACAGUGGAAGAUUGUGCUGGGACUCAGAGACCAAGCUGAAGUUCAUGUGGGGGAAUCUGGCAGUGGGUUCGGGUGAACGAUGGCGAGAGGUUGCGGUACCCACGCUGCAGCCGGGUCAGGUGGGUGUCGUCAGCGUGGCGCUCUGCGCUCCAACAUUAGAGGGCACCUAUACCUCCCACUGGCGUCUGGCACAUAGGGGCGAACAGUUCGGGCCACGUGUGUGGUGUAGUAUCGUUGUGGAUCCAAAUGCUCCUACAGCUAUCUGUGCUGAUGGGCUUCUGGUGUCUCCCUGCGUCACUCCACAGGAAAAGUCUUCCCGCACUUUGGAGAGAGAGGAGAAAUCCCAGGCUGCCUCAAGAGACCAACUGCUCUUAUCCGUGAACCAAGACUGUGAUCAGGAAUUCUACAUUCCAUCUGUGGACUUACUCACAGCUCAGGAUUUGCUGUCUUUUGAACUGCUGGACAUCAACAUUGUGCAGGAGCUGGAGAGUGUGCCAAACAACACUCCUGCAGACAUUACUCCAUGCAUAUCACCUCUGCCUCAUGAUGGACCUCUUCAGGAGAAGCCAACACUGGGGCUGAUUCAAGAAGAAACAGAAGCCCAAGGCGUCAACACCAUCCUAGAUGUGACUCAGGGGACAGAACUAGAGGGAGUUCCAGCCCAAGAGAAAGGAGAUGAGAGUAUCAUUGAGCCUCAGUUUGUGAGUCCUUCUGUAAUCCGCUCACUUACCCUCUCUGAAGCUACAGAACAUGGGACACUUUGUGGGCGAUGCCCAGCUACAGUGGUGCGUCCAUCACCUCAAGGUUCAGUGUCUCUUUGUGAGAGGAAAGCAGACAGAGUUCCAGAAACUGGGAUAAUAACAGCUCAUCUCAAAACAGAGGCUGUACAAGUCUCCACCCCUGCUCCGCCCCAUGAAGAAACAACUGAGAUACCUGCUCCUCUGCUAGCUGUUCCAACAGACCUCAUUGCCACAGAUGAGGGUCAUGAAUCUGACAUUGAACAAAUCAUGAUGGAACCUGCAACCGGGGAACAGGUGGAGGAAGAAGAGGAGGAACUGGACAGGAAAGAGGAAGUGAAGGAUGCAGAAGCAGCUAAGGAAAUUCGCAGCAGAACCUCAUCAGCCUCCUCGGAAGAUUACAUCAUCAUCCUCCCCGAUUGCUUUGACACCAGCCGUCCACUAGGGGAGUCCAUGUACAGCUCAGCCAUGUCCCAACCUGAAGAAGAGCCUGCAGAGGGAGCCAUAGAGGGAGAGAAGCUAGAAUCGGUGGAGGCUGCAGAGCUCCAGAGCCCUACCGCUGCUGCGGUUAAUUCAGAUGCUAAUGACAUGCUCUGUGCCUCUCAGACUCUGGACGCUGUGCCUCUGACUCCUGUGAUCGUUGUGGCACCCAAACCUUCAAUCAAAUCCUGCCCAGAGGUGAAGAAUGGAGCAGAAGAGCAAGAGGAGAAUGAUCCUAGUGAAUCAGAAGACCCCAAAGAGAAAGUAGAUGCUAAUCCUAAUCAAUCUGACCCUGAAAACUCACCUGUGACUGUAGCGAAGUCUGAGACAGACGAGCUCAGAGCUAAUAGCAUCACAGGUGGACUGGUGAAGGGAGCUCUGUCUGUAGCAGCAUCUGCCUACAAAGCUCUGUUUACCGGACAGACGGGUUCUGAGAAGCUUCCAGAAGAUGCAGCAUCUCACGACGCCAUGAUGGCCGUGCUGGUAGAGAUGGGAUUUGGUGACCGAGCUCUGAAUCAGCGUUUGCUGCAGAAACACAACCGCAACCUGCUGGAUGUGGUAAACGAACUGGUGCAGAUGACUGACAACGACUGGUACACCACACGCUACUGAGACGCUCUUCAGUACUUCUGUUCCUAUAUCUUUUCACUUCUGUCUCUCUUCCUCUGUGCACAGCAGCCCAUUCAACGAUACAGACUCUUGUUCCAUCUGGGUUGUAAAUGAUGAUGUGUUUGAAUCAUUAGAGAACCAGCUCAUCUCCAUUAUAAUCGUGCUUGUUAAAGUUUGUCAGUAGUGGGCAUUAUUGUUAUUAUAAAGGCAAUCAUGGGUAGAUUAUGAACACUAAUACAGUAAGUAUUAUUCCAAAACAAUCCAAACUGUCUUGCUUUAAAUGAAAGGAUGACUUGAAAGAAUAGUGUACUUUACCAGAAAUCCUUUGUUAGUUAUGAGAGUAUGAAAAGGUGUGCGUUGUGAUUAUUUAUCAUAUUUAAAUGAGUCGUUUCGGUUCCAAGUUAAAUGUGAAAUAGAUUUGGCUUUGUGUAGACUGUGUUUAUUAUGAGCCAAGACCAAACAGACUUAACAUGGAUGACAAAAUUACUCUUCACUUGUAGAGAUUGUUUAAACUUUUAAAAUUUGUAGCACUUAAUGCUUAUACAUGUUGAAAUUAUUAUUCUUUUUAAAACCGUUAAUUGGUUCCUAAAAGGUUCACGUAGGGCACAUAUUGCACUUUGCAAAUACAUUGCUAUUUGUACGUCAGUUGUCUAAAGGUCAUGGCUUGAAGUAGCAAUGCAUUUCAAGAGUUUAAAUGGGGCUGGAAUUAUUGUUUUAAUUUAUGCUUCAAAUGUUUAAGGACAGCAAAGGCAAUCAUGAAAUAUAUACUCCAAUUUUAAUGAAAAUGGUGAGAGACCUAAAAAACGCAUAUCCUUCAUUCCAAUACCAGAAAACUGAAUCAUGCAAAUGACAUAUAUUUUGGUAAUCAAAACUCUUGUAUUUAGUGUAAUGAAGAUUGUAUCUGAAAGCUUUUCUUUAAUGGGAGAUUUUGAAACUACCUAAUGUCUAGAGUGAACAGCAUUCCCUGUUAAACAUUAAGCGUCACCUAAUUUUCACUUUUUUCAGAAAGUGAUUAUUUAAACCAUCACGUGAUUGUUUUUUCUAGUGCUAUGGUUUAUCUGUAUGAUUUUAGCACAUUCCAUAUGAAAAGCAGUAGUUUGGUUUUGGAUUGAUCUAUUCGGAUCAUGUGAUUCUGAAGCAUAUUCCAUGGAGACGGAUGCUCCUCAUAGUCUUUGCUCGUGUCAUGGGCAAAAAUCUAAUGCACACAUAUGUCUGUAAUAAAUAUACUAACAA